ACGAUUAAAACAACACAGCUAGCAGCUAGCUACCCAUCUUGCAUUAUCUAAACAUGUCUAAAAUACAGUUGUUGAGAGUUUUUCUCUACGAUAGAUUAACAGCUGCUGCUGAGGAGAUAUUCGAGGUCGUUGAAAAAACCAUAGCAGAGAAUCAGGAGGAAGUUGUCCGUCUACAGAGGCUACUCGACAUUGUUCUUCAACCUGAGAUAAAGCAAGACAGAGCAGACCUCCAGCAGCUCUGUCUCUCUGUCUCUGAAGUGGAGAUUCCCCCAGAGCAGCAGCAUUGUGAGCAGGAGUGGAGCCCCAGUCUGCGGCAUGAGGACCCAGAGUCCACACAGAUCAAAGAGGAACAUGGGGCCAGUCAGGAGGAAGAGCAGCUUCAAGGGCUUGAGGCUCAUACUAAAGACUCCAUAUUCACUUCUGCUUAUGAUGAGGACCCAACUCAACCCUCGCAUCCCUAUCAAGCCCAAAAGGAAGGGAACGGAGAGAGAGACACUCUACCCAGCACUACAACUGAACAGAUCAAAACAGAACCGGAUGGAGAGGACUACGGAGAAUCAGAACCAACCAGUGUCUUUCAGCCCCUCUCUGCAGUAAAUCCAGACUGUUCUGCAGCUCCGAGUGAAAACAGUGAAAGUGACAGUGGGAUGGAAACUGGCGGACCUCCGUCAGGUUUCAAGUCAGUCAAAUCAAAGGGAACAAAGAUGGUAAAAGAACAAAGCUCCCUUAUCAACACUAAGGAUAACAAAUCCACACCGUUGUUCCAUCUGAAAUCACCUAGGCAAGGUCACGCUACUCCUGGUUGUUGUAAGGUGUGUGGCAAGUAUUUUCAUUACAUGGGCUUAUUAUUUAAACAUGUUCAAACUCAUACAAACGAUAAAGAAACACUUUGUGGAGUGUGUGGAAAGCAUAUGGCGUCAACAGAAAGUAUGAAAGAUCAUCUCCAGACUCACAUUGCAGCUAGGUAUUGUUGUCGUGUUUGUAGUAAAUGGUUCACCUUAAACAGCAAUCUGAUAGUGCACAUGAGAAGCCACACAGGGGAAAAAACGUGUCACUGCCCUGUUUGUGGCAAAGGAUUCAGCACCAGCGGCGAUCUGAAGAAACACAUCCGGAUUCACACAGGGGAGAAGCCGUUUCGCUGCCCUGAUUGUGGCAAAGCGUUCAAUCAGAGUGGAAAUCUGAAAUAUCAUAGAAAGUCCCACACAGGGGAGAAAUAAUAUCAUUGCAGUUGUUGACAGGUGUUUCAGGAUUGACACAAAUCUUAAAAGUACACAAGGACUCACGGGAGAGACAAGUAAGAUGCAAUGAUUGAUGAUAUGCUCAAGUGGGCCGAUUCAUACUUCUGGAAAUGAUAUUUUCUUCAUUCCGGGAUUGUAUGUUUUAAUCAGUUUCCCACUCUACAUUUACAAGUGCAUUUAUUCAGUACAUUGGCCAUGUUGCACUUGGCCAUGUUGCACCCAUGGCUGCGCCCCUGCCCAGUCAUGUGAAAUCUGUAGAUUGGGGCGUAAUGAAUUUAUUUCAAUUGACUGAUUUCCUCAUAUGAACUGUA